AUGAAUGACCAAAGCCUUCUUUUGAUGAAAGCUCGGCUUGAAGUCGUAGAUUUCAAGACAAUUGCGCCUUUUCUUCAAAAAUUUGACCGAUUCCUUACCCUUCGUACAUUCAUUAGAGGCUACACCCUGGGCACCGCAGAUGAGCAAAUUUGGACUGUGCUGCGACUGAAUAAAGUGGCGCUUGGUCUGAUUAGGAGAGCGAUAUUUCCGAACUUGACACGAUGGUUUUCUCAUAUCGAAAGCACCUAUCCUGAUCUUCGACCAACCGCUGUUGAACUCGUCAGUGCAACCAACACUGAUGCUACCACCAACCAGACAAGGGGCCGCUACAACAUCAAGCUACAAGCUACAGAGAACGGCGUAGUGACUAGAUUUCCGCCAGAGCCGUCCGGGUAUCUACACAUUGGGCAUGCCAAGGCCGCCUUUUUAAACGACUACUUUACGCACGAUGCCUUUUCCGGGUCCCUAAUUCUACGUUUUGAUGAUACCAACCCCACGAGAGAGAAUCAGGAAUUCGAGGACUCUAUUCUUCACGACCUAGGUCUACUAGGCAUCAAAACACAGCGCGUGACAUACACUAGUGAUUACUUUGAGGAGCUUUACGACUUGUGCUGUCAACUUAUUUCUGAUGGAAACGCGUAUGCCGAGGAUACGGAUAGCAAAAUACAAAAAGACAACCGUCGUGAUCGCCUUCCCAGUAAACGACGAGAUCGUCCCGCGAGCGAGAGCCUCGCCAUCUUCAAAGAGAUGAGGGAGGGAACAGAGUUUGGCAAAGGACACUGUAUCCGAGCACGCAUCGCCUUUGACAGUUCAAACGGUUCAAUGCGUGACCCAAUCAUCUACCGCUUUCCCAGCUGGGACGCCGAGAAUGGACCACGGCCACAUCACCGAACCGGCUGGGACUGGAACAUUUAUCCCACAUAUGACUUUGCCUGCCCUCUGGUCGACUCCAUCGAGGGCGUGACCCACGCUCCGUUUUUACGUGCUCUCAAGUUACGGCCAGUAUACCUCUGGGACUUUGCGCGAAUUAACUUUAUCAAGACAUUCUUAUCUAAGAGAAAGCUGGCAAAAGUAGUUGAAUCUGGGAGAGUGGAUGGCUGGGAUGAUCCUCGAAUGCCUACUAUCCGGGGCAUUCUCCGCCGCGGUCUUACGGUAGCAGCGCUACGCGAGUUUAUGCUAAAGCAGGGCCCGAGCCGAAACGUUGUUUCCAUGGACUGGACCACCCUUUGGGCGAUGAACAAGAAGAUGGUUGAGCCGACUGCACCGAGACACACUGCUGUGGCAUCCGUGGGUUGCGUUUUAGCCACCGUGGCGGGAGGUCCGGAUCAUCCCAGGCAAGACAGUCGGCCGAAACACCCUAAGAAUCAUAGUCUAGGAACCAAAGAUGUUACAUUUGCGAACCAAAUUUACAUCGAGCAGGCAGACGCGGCGGCCUUUCAGCAGGGCGAGGAGAUUACACUUAUGAGCUGGGGAAAUGCGCAUGUUCGACAGGUCACGAGAUCCGAUGACCAGACUGUGACCGGGUUACACCUUGAGCUCCAUCUUGAUGGUGACGCUAGCAAAACGGACAAGAAAGUUCACUGGCUAGCUGCUCACGGUGCUGAAAUUUCCAGAGCGGAGCUUUGGGAGUUUGACUAUCUGCUAACAAAGGACAGUCUUGUGAAGGGUGAUGAGCUAGAGCACUAUCUAAACCCCGUCACGUCCUGGCUUACAGAUGUAUUGGUGGGUUCUGAGUUUAGUCAGCUCCUUGAAGGGGAUAUUAUUCAGAUUGAACGGAAGGGGCAUUUUCGCAUGGAUAAGCCAAUUGGUCAAGGACCUAGUGGCAAGGCGGUAUUGUUCAAGAUUCCAACAGGAAAUAACAAGGGAUAA